AUGUUCGAUAAGCUUAUUUUUGUAAGCUUGGCCCUGCAAAUGGCCUUGGCGUCGCAAACAGCAAGUAAAGCAAAGACAAACCCAACGCCGUGCGCCGCCGCAAACCCCGGCGCGACAAACUGCGCCGCCGACAGCUGCAACGUGGAAAUCGGGGGCCAGACCUUCUGCUCCAAGUGCACAGGGGACAAGGUCCCGGUGAAUGGGGAGUGCAAGGCGAAGACGGACGCGGGCAUGUGCACGGUCGGUACAAACGAUAAGGCAGGGACGUGCACGGCCUGUACGAACGCGCACUACCUCUACAAGGGCGGCUGCUACGCCGAGUGCCCCGACGGGACCCAGAAGAACGAGGGCCGGAACACGUGCGACGAGGUCGCGCCUGCUGGCCCAACGCCGUGCGCCGCCGCAAACCCCGGCGCGACAAACUGCGCCGCCGACAGCUGCAACGUGGAAAUCGGGGGCCAGACCUUCUGCUCCAAGUGCACAGGGGACAAGGUCCCGGUGAAUGGGGAGUGCAAGGCGAAGACGGACGCGGGCAUGUGCACGGUCGGUACAAACGAUAAGGCAGGGACGUGCACGGCCUGUACGAACGCGCACUACCUCUACAAGGGCGGCUGCUACGCCGAGUGCCCCGACGGGACCCAGAAGAACGAGGGCCGGAACACGUGCGACGAGGUCGCGCCUGCUGGCCCAACGCCGUGCGCCGCCGCAAACCCCGGCGCGACAAACUGCGCCGCCGACAGCUGCAACGUGGAAAUCGGGGGCCAGACCUUCUGCUCCAAGUGCACAGGGGACAAGGUCCCGGUGAAUGGGGAGUGCAAGGCGAAGACGGACGCGGGCAUGUGCACGGUCGGUACAAACGAUAAGGCAGGGACGUGCACGGCCUGUACGAACGCGCACUACCUCUACAAGGGCGGCUGCUACGCCGAGUGCCCCGACGGGACCCAGAAGAACGAGGGCCGGAACACGUGCGACGAGGUCGCGCCUGCUGGCCCAACGCCGUGCGCCGCCGCAAACCCCGGCGCGACAAACUGCGCCGCCGACAGCUGCAACGUGGAAAUCGGGGGCCAGACCUUCUGCUCCAAGUGCACAGGGGACAAGGUCCCGGUGAAUGGGGAGUGCAAGGCGAAGACGGACGCGGGCAUGUGCACGGUCGGUACAAACGAUAAGGCAGGGACGUGCACGGCCUGUACGAACGCGCACUACCUCUACAAGGGCGGCUGCUACGCCGAGUGCCCCGACGGGACCCAGAAGAACGAGGGCCGGAACACGUGCGACGAGGUCGCGCCUGCUGGCCCAACGCCGUGCGCCGCCGCAAACCCCGGCGCGACAAACUGCGCCGCCGACAGCUGCAACGUGGAAAUCGGGGGCCAGACCUUCUGCUCCAAGUGCACAGGGGACAAGGUCCCGGUGAAUGGGGAGUGCAAGGCGAAGACGGACGCGGGCAUGUGCACGGUCGGUACAAACGAUAAGGCAGGGACGUGCACGGCCUGUACGAACGCGCACUACCUCUACAAGGGCGGCUGCUACGCCGAGUGCCCCGACGGGACCCAGAAGAACGAGGGCCGGAACACGUGCGACGAGGUCGCGCCUGCUGGCUGCAAUCUCCCCAACUGCGAGGUGUGCUCGGAGGACAAGCAGAAGUGCACAAAGUGCCAAAGUAACUACUUCCUCACUCCAGAGAAGAACGCUUGCUUGGGGUCUUGUCCGGCCGGAACGUAUCUAUCCGGGCAAACGUGCGCGCCCUGCGACCCCUCCUGUGCGGAGUGCAGCGGGGCCGGCGCUUCCAAGUGCACGGCCUGCCCCGCCGGGAAGAUGCUGAGGUACGCCGACGAGACCAAGCUUAAUGAGGGCGGCCAGUGCGUGGAGCAAUGCGUGGAGGGCCCGGAGUGCGAGACGUGCGGCCUAACAAUUGGAGGUACCAAGUACUGCUCGAAGUGCAAGGGGAGCAACGUGCCGCUCAAUGGCGUCUGCACAAGCAAUGCGGCCAGGACUCGGUUCUGCACCACUGCCGCUAACGGUGCUUGCACGGUCUGCGCCGCCGGAUACUUCAUCCAGGAGGGCGGGUGCUAUGAAACAACGAGACAGCCUGGCAAGCAGGUAUGUGCACUAACUGAUAACAAAGGAAAAUGCCAGACAUGCACCAAUAGUCUUGGUCCGGACGGUGCUGGAACCUGUCCCUCGUGCGAUCCUACUUGCAAGACAUGCUCAGCCGCCAAUACUGCAAACACCUGCACGACGUGUGCCACAGGAUACUACAAGACCGCAUUAGAAGGCGCCUGCACAUCUUGCGAAAACAGCAACGGUGAUAUUACCGGUGUCAAGGACUGCUUAAACUGCGCCCCUCCGCCCAACAAUAAAGGUUCCGUCCUCUGCUAUCUCAUGAAAGAUGGCGACAGUACCGGCGGAAGCGUCAACAAGAGCGGCCUCAGCACAGGCGCCAUAGCGGGCAUCUCUGUGGCUGUCAUCGUUGUAGUCGGGGGUCUUGUGGGCUUCCUCUGCUGGUGGUUCCUCUGUAGAGGAAAAGCAUAG